UGUUGCGUUCUCAGCCAUGGCGUACCACAGGCAAGGCCAAAAGGUCCAGAAGGUGAUGGUGCAGCCCAUCAACCUCAUCUUCAGAUAUCUACAGAAUAGGUCCAGAAUUCAAGUGUGGCUGUAUGAACAGGUGAACAUGUGGAUAGAAGGGGGUAUUAUUGGAUUUGAUGAAUACAUGAACCUGGAGCUGGAUGAUGCUAAGGAGAUCCAUUCCAAGCCAAAAUCAAAGAAACAGCUGGAUCAAAUCAUGUUAAAGGGAGACAAUAUUACUCUUCUACAAAGUGUUUCUAACUAGAAACUGCUAUCCUCUGUUUUCUGAUUAUGAUGUUAAUCUUUAAAUAUAUGGAAGGAAGUAUGUGGUUAAUCCUGUCAAUUCCAAACUGUGCUUCAGGAUCUAAGAAGAGAA